UAUUCAGAGAAAUUAGGAACCUCUCUCUCUCUCUCUCCCUCUCUCUCUCUCGCUCUCUCUCUCUCUCUCUCUCUGAGGGUGUGUUCAAUAAAGUGCAGGUCUUUUCCGUUGUCUGGUCACUUGUGAAACACCUGACUGCUCACAACAGCCCUUCAGUCUUUCACCAAGAUGCAGAAGUGGGUUGUGGUCUGUUGGGCUCUCCUGGCCCUGGUUGGUGCAGAAGAGUGUCCAGAUGGAGGAAAAUGUGAAGACGGUCAAACCUGCUGCAACGACCCGGCCAACGGCUAUGAAUGCUGCCCGUUUGAUCAGGCCGAGUGCUGUGAUGAUCACAUACAUUGCUGCCCCGCGGAAACAAUCUGCGAUACGGCCACGUCCAGCUGUGUGAACGCUACCGUUACCAUCCCCUGGGUGGAAAGAGCUUCUGCUGACCAACCCAGACACUCUAAAUCCUUCAGGAUGAUCAAGGCGUACAUGGGGGAGGAUGACGACAACGUCUGUCCCGAUCAGUCACGGUGCCCACCUGAAUUCUCCUGUCUGAGGGCCUUGACAAGGUUCGGCUGCUGUCCCCUAGCACAGGGAGUCCCCUGCUCUGAUGGGAAACACUGCUGUCCUGAGAACCACCAGUGCAGCGCGGACAGCCGCUCCUGCAUCAAAAAAGAGCUUGUGACUACAGUGCUGUGCAGCGACGGAGUGUCAGAGUGUCCAGAUGGAACCACCUGCUGUGAAGACUCUGAAGGCAAAUGGGGAUGCUGUCCCAUGCCAAAGGCCGUGUGCUGCGAGGAUAAAGUACACUGCUGUCCUGAAGGGAGCGAAUGUGAUGUCGAACACUCAAAAUGUAUUUCCUCAUCUACCAAAAAAGAGAUGCCAAUGUGGGCCAAACUUCCUGCACGAAUAAGGGCAGAGUGGGAGAACCAGAAAGACGGUGAAAAAGUGUCUGCAGAGACAGCCCCUGAAGUCACCAAAGUGGAUGCAGUUCCUCCUUCAGAGAAGGAAGUAUCUGUUUCGCCUGUCUCUAAGGCAGCUGCAGGUGACGUCCCCUGCAAUGAUACAGCAGCCUGUCCAGAUGGUACCACAUGUUGUAAAAAACAAGAAGGCGGCUUCGCUUGCUGUCCUCUACCAGAGGCUGUUUGCUGUGAAGAUUUCAUUCACUGCUGCCCGCACGGUAAGAAAUGUAAUCUGGCUGCACAGACCUGCGAUGACGACACAUGCUCUGUGCCGUGGUUCAAGAAGAUACCCACAAUCCCCAGGCUGGACACACAGGCGGGGAAUGUUUCAUGUGACUCCACCUCGAGUUGUCCUGAUGGCACCACCUGCUGCAAGACCACAGCAGGAAGCUGGGCCUGCUGUCCUCUACCUAAGGCGGUCUGUUGUGACGACCACGAGCACUGCUGCCCUACAGGCACCACCUGUGACUUGACCACCCUCACCUGUAACGAUGGCUCUGUCUCAACGCCCAUGCUUCAGAAGAUUCCUGCAUUUGUCACAGAAUCGCCAACUACGGUCCAAAGUACAGCAGGUGACGUCCCCUGCAAUGAUACAGCAGCCUGUCCAGAUGGCACCACAUGCUGUAAAAAAAAAGAAGGUGGCUUCGCUUGCUGUCCUCUACCAGAGGCUGUUUGCUGUGAAGAUUUCCUUCACUGCUGCCCGCACGGUAAGAAAUGUAAUCUGGCUGCACAGACCUGCGAUGACGACACACAAUCUAUGCCAUGGUUCAAGAAGAUACCCACAAUCCCCAGGCUGGACACACAGGCGGGGAAUGUUUCAUGUGACUCCACCUCGAGUUGUCCUGAUGGCACCACCUGCUGCAAGACCACAGAAGGAAGCUGGGCCUGCUGUCCUCUACCUAAGGCGGUCUGUUGUGACGACCACGAGCACUGCUGCCCUACAGGCACCACCUGUGACUUGACCACCCUCACCUGUAACGAUGGCUCUGUCUCAACGCCCAUGCUUCAGAAGAUUCCUGCAUUUGUCACAGAAUCGCCCACUACAGUGGCGGCUACAACAGCUACAACUAUAACGCAAACUGAGGAGGACGAGGUGAUGACGGAUGAGGAGGAAGACGACUAUGAGGACAUGCAGGGCAGGGUUCAUUGUGACGCCCACACCAGCUGCCCUCAGUCCUCCACCUGCUGCUUCAUGACCUCGACUCAUAAGUGGGGCUGUUGCCCGCUGCCAGAGGCUGUGUGCUGUGCUGAUGGGAACCACUGCUGUCCCACCAACUAUAAGUGUGACGAGCGCAAGACCUCGUGCAUCAAAGGAGAAGUGGUGAUCCCGUGGUACACCAAGCUUCCAGCCACCAUCAGCAUCCAGGCCGAUCCCAGCUCGGUGCAGUGCGACGGUCAGACUCAAUGCCCCGAGCACACCACCUGCUGCCGACUGGUCACGGGCCAGUGGGGCUGCUGCCCGAUGGAAAAUGCUGUGUGCUGCGCAGAUAAGGAGCACUGCUGUCCACAGGGUUACACCUGUAACGUCGCCUCUAACUCCUGUCAGAAGCUCAUCAUGCUGCAGCUGCAGACUGUCCCGCUAACACCUGUGUAUCUGCCCGAGCACCAACCGCAGUUCAACCCCUUAAAGCUCAGAGACAUCCAGUGUGAUGACAAGACCUCCUGCGAAGAUGGAGAGACCUGCUGCAAGAUGUCCGCUACUACCUGGGGCUGCUGUCCAAUGUCUAAUGCGGUGUGCUGCAGCGACAUGCUACACUGCUGUCCCACCGGCUACACCUGUACUGAAGGUGGAGACUGCACCAAGGACACCAGGCUUCGCUGGGACAACUGGCACAUGUUCCUUGCCAACAAAAAGAGAGCUCUAAUAGUGUGAAAAACAUCUCUACGGCACUAUCAUUUGUUUCUGCAAGCAAUGCACUAAUGGGAAAUAAUGUAAAGGGAUUUUGUGAUGAUUGUUAAAUGCUUUGUUCUUACAGGACAGUAGUAGAAAAGGGUGAAGGGGACAUUGUUAAAAUGAAUUGCAUGAUAUUUUUCUGUGAUCUUGGAGUUGCUAAAAACAUGUAUGUCAUAUGUUUCAAAGUCAGAUAGAUCCAUGUUAUUCCAAGCACACAGUUUACUACAUAAAACUCUACUCCAUCCAUAACAAAGGUCAACUGAAACACUCCACAGGCAAUAUUAUUUUAUUCACUGUCAGUCAUCUGUUUCUGUAUUUUCUGCUUCAACUGCCUUGUGUCGCAAAGUGCACUUCUCUGUCAAUAAUCAGUCACAAUUUGGGGCAUAAUUUAACACGCUAUCAUUCAUAUUCAUAUCAUUUUGAAUAUAAGUCUUCUGCAGUACAGUUUUCUUGCCAGUCCUUGGUUUAUCUGAGUGUUCAGAUAUAUUUGUGGCAUCAUAUCUGUAAGGCAUUACUUAUUUGUCAACUUUGCUGGAAUGAUGGUUUAAAAUCAAAACUGUUUUUAAUUGUGUGCAUCUUACUGUCACUUGUGUUAAUUGAACAAACACCAGGAGGCAGACAUGGAGAUAUACGUGCUUGGUGCAGCUUCAUCUCUGGCAGUCAGAGUCAGAGAUCUCAUAUUCCAUCAAACUAAUAAAGAAGUUUUAAUGUUACAACAUCACAA